CAGGACGAGCCCAGGGCUACCAAAAAUACAUUAUUUUUAUCAAAUAUAAGAACUAAAACAAAUAAUUUUAUAUAAAAAAACAUUACAAAAAAAAAAAAGAAAAAAAAAAGAGGCAAGCUUGCGAAUGAAAUAUAAGGGGCAAUUUUGGGUUUGUGUAAAAUAAAAUAUCAAAACAGAAGAAAAUAGAACUUAACAUGAUAUAUGUUGGCUUCUGAUUCUCAGACAGACUGCGCUUGAAUUGCGAGGGAGAAAAUGGGCGACAAUGAUUCGCUCUCCGAAUUCCUCGCAUCUGCAGUCGACGCUGCUCGCAAGGCUGGUGAGAUUAUUCGAAAAGGUUUCUAUCAGACCAAGCAUGUGGAGCACAAAGGACAGGUUGAUUUGGUCACUGAAACUGAUAAAGCAUGCGAAGACCUCAUAUUCAAUCAUCUCAAGCAACUUUACCCCACUCAUAAGUUCAUUGGGGAAGAAACCACAGCUGCUGGUGGCGCUGCUCAACUUACAGAUGAACCCACUUGGAUAGUUGAUCCUCUGGAUGGAACUACUAAUUUUGUGCAUGGGUUCCCCUUUGUUUGUGUCUCAAUUGGUCUUACAAUUGCAAAAAUUCCUACAGUUGGCGUUGUUUACAACCCAAUAAUCAAUGAGCUUUUCACUGGAAUUCGUGGAAAAGGUGCUUUUCUGAAUGGGAACCCUAUAAAAGUAUCAUCACAAUCUGAACUGAUAAACUCUCUUCUCGCAAAUGAGGCUGGAACGAAACGUGACAAGCUAACAGUAGAUGCCUGUACAAAAAGGAUUAAUAGCUUGCUUUUCAAGGUGAGAUCCCUUCGAAUGACCGGCUCCUGUGCUUUGAACCUUUGUGGAGUUGCAUGUGGAAGGUUGGAUGUAUGUUUUGAACUUGGCUUUGGAGGCCCUUGGGAUGUGGCUGGUGGAGCAGUCAUUGUUAGAGAAGCCGGAGGUGUUAUGUUUGAUCCGUCCGGUGCAGAUUUUGACAUCACAGCUCAGCGAGUAGCAGCUUCCAACCCUUUCUUGAAGGAUGCCCUUGUUGAUGCUCUGCGCCAGAUCGAGUGAUGAACCUGCUAUUUGAUCAAUAACGGGGAAAAAUUGCCAUAUUGGGUCAGCUUAUGUUAAUUCAUUUCCGUUUUGUUAAAAUGCUAGGACGUGGGAUGCAUGACGUAAAUUAUUUUUCUAUUUCUCUUGUGAUCUUGCUCACCAAAAUAUUAGUAUUAUAUUCUCUCUCUCUUUUUCACGAACCUCACAUGGUUAACAGUGCAACUUGCUUUCGAAUAAUUCCAUUAGCGUAGCCUCUGAGCGGCUGCCAAGAAACUUU